AUGAAGCUAAGCAUCGCGAGCGUGCUCUUCGUUCUCUGUGCGCUGUGCGCCAUCGAGAAAACUCGCAGCGCGAAAAUUUUGGCGCUGGUCCCGACACCGUCUUACAGUCAUCAGAUACCGUUUAGAAAGUUACUAUUAGCACUGCACAAACGUGGCCACGAAAUCGUGUACGCGACAGCCAAUCCGAUGUCUGAAGUGAACUUGAAGAACUUUACUCAAAUCGACGUAAGUGGUAGCUACGUAAGCAUGAAAGCCCUCAACUUCAUUAAAUACCGCUUUGAUGGAUCUACUUGGUUGGAGUUCUUGGACAAUUAUUUGUUUGACCUGAGUGUUACUUUCUCGGAAAACGUGCUGAAAAGCGCGGAGAUGCGACGACUCUAUGCACCUGACAGUGACGCUAAGUUCGAUUUGGUUAUGGCUGAGUUUGUGUACGUGCCGGCGAUAUACUCUAUAGCAUACAGGUUCAACGCUCCGCUAAUAGGUAUGUCUUCUUUAGGACUCCUCAAUCUACACGAGUACGCCCUCGGUGGAUUCGUGCUACCUUCACACGAGUACACGUGGGAAAUGGAGGCGAAUACAGGAUCGAAUUUACCAUUUUGGCAAAGGUUGCGAAAUUAUGUCUUGAUGUGGCAAAUAAUGUAUAAAACAUUCAAUGAAUUCGUGCCACGAAACCAAAAACUGGCGGAACGUUACCUUGGGAUGCAAUUACCUCCGCUGACUGAUAUUUUGAAGAACGCUAGCCUCGUAUUUGUGAACGAGGCCGACGCUUUCACGCCGGGUCGCCCGAAACUGCCGAACAUGAUCACCUUCACGUCUUUCCACGUUAAUGAUAAUCCGCCGCCUACCCCGAAGGACCUGCAGCGUUUCAUGGACGAGGCCAAACAAGGAUUCAUCUACAUGAGCCUCGGUAGUAACGCCAGAAGCGCGGACAUACCAAUGCACGUUAAACAAAUAUUCUUCGACGUAUUCUCAAAAUUACCCUACAGAAUCAUCUGGAAGUACGAGGAGGACUUCCCGGUACAACUCGACAACGUGUACGUUGACAAGUGGUUCCCUCAGCAAAGCAUACUCGCUCAUCCCAACAUCAAGCUGUUCAUAUACCAGGCAGGAUUACAAAGUACCGAAGAGGCUAUUAACUUUGCAGUUCCACUCCUAGCCUUCCCGGUGUUGGCUGAUCAAGAUUAUCUAUCGGCCAGAGUGGUUGCUACUGGGAUUGGAAAGAGCUUGGAAAUUACCACUGUUACGAGGGAGCAGCUAGAUGGUGCUAUUAGGGAAAUGAUGAACAAUAAUGAAUACAAGAAGAACAUAAUUCGGCUUCGAGAUCUGAUUAGAGACACUCCAUACAAUCAUGUGGACCAUCUCGUUUGGUGGACGGAGUACGUAAUUCGGCACAAGGGUGCACCCCAUCUUCGUUCAACUAUAGCCAGUCAACCUUGGUACCAACGUUACGACAUAGACGUAGUAAUGUUCUUAACGAUCGUCGCGUUCGUGGUCGUAUCAACGUCGCUGAUCGUAAUGGCGAAGCUUGUCGUAUGCUUAUACAAAUUGACGAACUCUGGACAAAAGCAAAAGAUGAGCUAGUACGUCAUAUCAACUAGUUAUACUGUUGCGUAUGUGUGCGUUUUGUGAAUUGACAAAUUAAAUGUAUAAGUUCAAUGAGCGUGUUCAGCGUUAACUGCAAUGUUAACGUUAGUCGAAGUUUAUUUUAAGGUUUUAUACUUUCACGUAUAACAAAAGACAGGUUCAACGUAUUUGUUGAGGAUGCUUCUUUCUUAAAGCGAUUACGUAUAUUCAUAUAACAUUGCGAUGUAAUACUCUUAAGUUAUUAUCUACUGAUUUUAAUGGUCUUGUAGAUGAACAUCACAUAGAACGGAUAUGAUGUAUUUUUGUAAUACUGAUAUUUGUGUGGGUAAAUAAUGAGACUACUCGUGGGGCACGAUGGUGUUCGCUAAGCGUUUCAACAUAUUUUUACGGUUUAUGUUCUUCAA